AUGAACCUCUCUUCAGAGAAGCUUUCUACUGACUAUGAAGAACGCUUAAUCAGAAUAGCUAAAGUCAAAGCCAUGAAGAAAACCAUGAGGUUUCCUAAGUCAUCUAAGAAAGAGGAAGCAGAAGCAAAGCCUGAAGAGGAUCACUACUGUGAUAUGCUGUGCUGUAAAUUCAAAAAACCUCCACUGAAAAAGUACAUGACCUAUCUAAAGCUACCAGACAGCAUAGAUUCAUACACAGAUCGCCGUUAUGUAGCAUGGCUCAUGCUUGUGACGGUGGCCUAUAACUGGAAUUGUUGGUUUAUCCCCCUUCGCUUUGUGUUUCCAUAUCAAACUCCAAGUAAUACAAUAUACUGGUUUGCCAUAGACAUCAUCUGUGAUAUCUGCUACCUGUGUGACCUGCUGGUUUUCCAGCCCCGAGUGCAAUUUUUAAGAGGUGGAGAUAUAAUAGUAAACAAAGUGGAAAUGAAGAAAUUCUAUCACAGCACUAUAAAGUUUCGGCUCGAUUUGAUAUCAGUAUUGCCAUUUGACGUUUUAUACUUCUUCUUUGGAUUCAACCCAGCAUUUAGAGUAAAUAGGAUGCUAAAGCAUAACACAUUCUUUGAGUUCAAUGAUCGUUUGGAAGCUAUCCUGGACAAAGCGUACAUCUACAGGGUUAUUCGAACCACUGGAUACUUGCUGUUUAUCUUGCACAUUAAUGCAUGCUUGUAUUAUUGGGCUUCAGACUAUGAAGGACUUGGCAGUACUAGAUGGGUGUAUGAUGGCCAAGGAAACAUGUACCUGAGGUGUUACUACUGGGCAGUUCGUACUUUAAUCACCAUCGGUGGCCUUCCAGAACCACAAACACUGUUUGAGAUAGUUUUUCAACUGCUGAAUUUUUUCUUGGGUGUCUUCGUCUUCUCCAGCUUAAUUGGUCAGAUGAGAGAUGUAAUUGGAGCAGCUACAGCAGGACAGAACUACUACCGUUCCUGUAUGGAUAACACUGUCUCUUAUAUGAACACAUACUCAAUUCCAAAACUGGUUCAAAAUCGUGUUCGAACCUGGUAUGAAUACACAUGGGACUCUCAGGGAAUGCUGGAUGAAUCAGAAUUACUGGAGCAGAUGCCAACCAAAAUGCAAUUAGCCAUUGCGAUUGAUGUGAACUUUGCCAUUGUCAAUAAAGUUGACCUAUUCAAAGGGUGUGACACUCAGAUGAUAUAUGACAUGCUGCUAAGACUGAAAUCCAUUGUGUACUUACCUGGUGAUUUUGUCUGCAAAAAGGGAGAAAUUGGCAGAGAGAUGUAUAUCAUCAAACAAGGUGAAGUUCAAGUCCUUGGAGGCCCUGAUGGCACGAAAGUCCUGGUUACACUACGAGCAGGAGCUGUAUUUGGGGAGAUCAGCCUAUUAGCCGCAGGUGGAGGAAACCGACGGACUGCCAACGUGGUGGCUCACGGUUUUGCCAACCUUUUCAUUCUAGACAAGAAAACACUCAAUGAAAUCUUGGUGCACUAUCCUGACUCAGAAAAACUUCUGAUGAAGAAAGCAAAGGUGUUGCUGAAAGAGAAGGGGAAACCUCCUCCUGGACCACCGGUGCAGCAGCCCCGGGGCUUGGCCAGUCUGUUUGGGCAGAAACAGGAAACUCCAAAACUGUUUAAAGCGAUGUUUGGAGCUAAAGGAAAAGGAGGCCUUGCUAAACUGCUGCAGCUGAAGAGAGAACAAGACAUUCAGGAACACGAAGCUGAAGCAGAGAAGACUGAAAAAGAGGAGAAAAAACAACCAGAGCCUGCAGCCCCAUCUGCACCCCCUCCGCAAAAGGAAGAGCCAGAAGCAGACACUAAGCCUAAACCACGUGCGGUUAUGCACAGAGGAACCACUAAUGAGUCUCUGAUCAUCACUAUGUCUCCAUCCCCCAGAGCUGAAGAAGGAGAGAUCCUUAAAGUCGAAGCUAAAGAGAAGAAAAAUAAAUAG